AUGUCUCACUGCAAGUUCGAGCACCCUCGUCACGGCUCGCUUGGUUUCCUGCCCCGCAAGCGUGCGGCGAGCCACCGCGGCAAGGUCAAGUCUUUCCCCAAGGACGACGCUAAGAAGCCUGUUCACCUGACUGCCUUCAUGGGCUACAAGGCUGGUAUGACUCACAUUGUUCGCGAACUUGACCGUCCUGGUUCUAAGUACCACAAGCGCGAGAUUGUUGAAGCCACCACCAUUAUCGAGACUCCGCCCAUGGUUGUGGUCGGUGUUGUUGGUUACGUCGAGACUCCUCGUGGUCUGCGCUCGCUGACUACUGUCUGGGCCGAGCAUCUCUCGGACGAAGUUAAGCGUCGCUUCUACAAGAACUGGUACCGCAGCAAGAAGAAGGCGUUCACCAAGUACGCUAAGAAGCACUCGGAGAACAACGGCCAGUCGAUUGCCCGUGAGCUCGAGCGCAUCCGCAAGUACUGCACUGUUGUGCGUGUUCUGGCGCACACUCAGCUGCGUAACACUAGCCUGAAGCAGAAGAAGGCUCACCUGAUGGAGAUCCAGGUGAACGGUGGCUCAGUUGCUGAGAAGGUUGACUUUGCCCACGGCCUUUUCGAGAAGACCGUCGAUGUCAACAGUCUCUUCACUCAGGACGAGAACGUUGAUGUCAUUGGUGUCACUAAGGGUAAGGGUUACGAGGGUGUGACCGCCCGUUGGGGUACCAAGAAGCUGCCCCGCAAGACCCACAAGGGUCUGCGUAAGGUCGCGUGUAUCGGUGCUUGGCACCCGGCGAACGUUAUGUUCACUGUUGCUCGCUCUGGUCAAGAUGGUUACCACCACCGCACUGAACUGAACAAGAAGAUCUACCGUAUCGGUAACGGUGCUGACAAGGCGUCGGCCUCGACUGAGUUCGACACCACGCAGAAGCCGAUUACCCCUAUGGGUGGCUUCCCUCAUUACGGUGUUGUGAAGAAUGACUUCAUUAUGAUCAAGGGCUCAUGCCCUGGUGUAAAGAAGCGUGUUCUUACGAUCCGUAAGUCGCACCAGAUCCACACAUCUCGCCGUGACCUGGAGAAGGUUACUCUUAAGUUUAUUGACACCUCGUCCAAGUUCGGUCACGGUAACUACCAGACUGCUGCUGAGCGUGAGGCGUUCGAGGGCCCUAAGAAGCCUCCGGUGGUGUACUACUAA